UGACAACUCUGGAGAAUAAAACAUAUACAGUGGAAAGAGGCCACGUCCAAGUAGCAUCACAACGUCAAAGUAAACCUAUUCGACUUUACUAUGAAAAGUAUGGUAACGGUCCUGAGCGUGUUCUUUUUGUCAUGGGUUUAUCAGCACCCUGUCAAGCUUGGGAUUUCCAGACAAAAUUUCUUGCUGCAACGGGUAAAUACACUUGUAUCCUUUUCGACAAUCGAGGCAAUGGUCAUUCUGAUUCUCCCAUUGGAUUGUACACGACGAGUCAAUUAGCCGACGAUGCUUUAGAUUUACUUGAUGUAUUUGAAUGGAAAACUAAAGUACAUCUAGUAGGUAUUUCAAUGGGAGGGAUGAUUUGUUUAGAAAUGGUAGACAAACAAGUAAAUCGAUUCUCCUCUUUGACCUUGACAAGCACAUCAGCCAGACGGUUUCUACCAACGUGGACUGCUGUAUCUACAUUUACAAAAAUCGCUUUAUUAUAUCGAGAACCACGCGAUCAAAUUAAUGCAGUGAUGGGGUUAGUGUAUCCAUCAGCAUGGCUAGAUCAAGUACCAAGUGACCCUGCACAUCAUCAGUAUGAAACCAAUAGAGACAUGGCCAUUUCCACGUUUAUCCGACACAUGGGGCAAUCAAGACUACAACCAUUGCAUGGCAACUUGGCCCAAGUGUCUGCCUGUCUUCGCCAUCAUUUCUCAGACGCUCGACUUAUUAAAUUACAGCAAUCUGGUUUACCCAUCUUGGUCGUCACUGGAACUCAUGAUAACUUGGUACCUCCUGCAUCUUCCUUUCAUCUUAAUCGUAUCCUAAAACCACGUCGCUUUCACGUUUUCCAUGGUUCUGGUCAUGAUAUACCCGAAGAACAAACUUCUCGUUACAAUCAAAUUUUAUUGGAACAUUUGACUUUUAGUAGUACGUUUUAUCCACCUACUUCUUCUCCUACUUUCAUUGCAGAAGCCAAACUAUGAUAC